CCAAAUAAAAGUGCCCAGCAUAGCAUGCUGUCAUAGACAUCCUCCUGUUUACAUUUUUGGUGAUCGAUGGAUGAAAAUUUGACUUAUUAACAUCCGUGAAAUCCCUCUGCGGCAUUUGUGGACUGUCUUGCUGGGCUCUUUCAGAUGAGAGCCUCAGCUGAAGCCAUCUGAGUUGGCUGGGAGAGGCAGGAUUGACAGGUCGCUCUUCCCUCCAAGAAUCUCCAAGGCCUGCCCUUUGGUUGGAAGAUGUCGGUCCUCGCUACCCUGUUUAAGUAUGUGGAUGAAAAUCAGGAUCGCUACAUCAAGAAGCUUGCGGAAUGGGUGGCCAUCCAGAGCGUAUCUGCGUGGCCCGAGAAGAGAGGGGAAAUCAAAAAGAUGAUGGAAGUGGCCGCUGCGGAUAUCAAGCAGUUGGGCGGCUCCGUGGAACUGGUGGAUAUUGGAAAACAGAAGCUCCCCGAUGGCUCAGAGAUACCACUUCCUCCCAUUUUACUUGGCAAGCUGGGCUCCGACCCCCAGAAGAAGACAGUGUGCAUCUACGGCCACCUGGACGUGCAGCCGGCAGCCCUGGAGGAUGGCUGGGACAGUGAGCCCUUCACCCUGGUGGAGCGAGACGGCAAACUGUACGGGAGAGGUUCGACUGAUGACAAGGGGCCAGUGGCCGGCUGGAUGAAUGCCCUGGAAGCCUUUCAGAAAACAAGUCAAGAAAUCCCUGUUAACAUCCGAUUCUGUCUGGAGGGCAUGGAGGAGUCGGGCUCCGAGGGCCUGGAUGAGCUGAUUUUUGCCCAAAAGGACACCUUCUUUAAAGACGUGGACUACGUCUGCAUUUCUGACAACUACUGGCUGGGGAAGAAGAAGCCCUGCAUCACCUACGGCCUCAGGGGCAUCUGCUACUUUUUCAUCGAGGUGGAAUGCAGUGACAAAGACCUGCACUCUGGGGUGUACGGGGGCUCAGUGCACGAGGCCAUGACGGAUCUCAUUACGCUGAUGGGCUGCUUGGUGGACAGGAAGGGGAAGAUCCUCAUCCCCGGCAUCAGCGAGGCUGUGGCACCUGUGACGGAGGAGGAGCUGAAGCUCUACGACCAGAUUGACUUUGACCUGGAGGAGUACGCCAAGGACGUGGGAGCACAAACCCUGCUGCACAGCUGCAAGAAAGACAUCCUGAUGCACAGAUGGCGGUACCCGUCCCUCUCCCUCCACGGGAUCGAAGGUGCCUUCUCCGGCUCAGGGGCCAAGACCGUGAUUCCUAGGAAAGUGGUUGGCAAGUUCUCCAUCAGGCUCGUGCCCAACAUGGCUCCUGAGGUUGUCAGCGAGCAGGUUACAAAGUACUUGACAAAGAAGUUUGCUGAACUGCAGAGCCCCAACAAAUUCAAGGUGUACAUGGGCCAUGGCGGGAAGCCCUGGGUGUCUGACUUCAACCACCCUCAUUACAUGGCUGGGAGAAGAGCCCUGAAAACAGUGUUUGGUGUUGAGCCGGACUUAACCAGGGAAGGUGGCAGUAUUCCUGUGACUUUGACUUUUCAGGAGGCCACAGGCAAGAAUGUCAUGCUGUUGCCCGUGGGGUCCGCUGAUGAUGGCGCCCACUCCCAGAAUGAAAAGCUCAACAGGCACAACUACAUAGAAGGAACCAAAAUGCUGGCUGCGUAUCUGUAUGAAGUGUCUCAGCUGAAGAACUGAGAGGCCCCGUGUCCUAUGGAGCACCUCUGAAGGCACCCGCCCUCCACCUGCACCCUCUCUGAUCGCUCCAGAAAGCAGUCUGUCUUCCUCCUCUCUUGUCAGACCACACACACACAUCCAGGAAUGGACACAGGAGCACCAGCCUGUCCCUGAAUGACAUGACCUACACUGGGCAGUUACACACGUUCAGUCCUGGGGUAUCAGUGACCCCGAAUGUCAGCUGAAUUCUCCGAGAUGCUCAGCAUGGCUUCGUCUCCAGGACUCACAACAAGAGUUCUUCUGUAGAAGGUUGUGGUUGACAUCUAGUCAGACUAAACAGAGGCCUUGCUGAUCCUGGCCCUACCUCUGCCUCUGAUUCAGGGUCGGGCACACGGAUUAUCUAGGUGGGGCAUAGGACGAGUGAGGGCCUCCCUUUCUGGUCCCUUGCUGCCCUGUGGUUCUGUCCUUUACUGAACACUGUAACUCUCCUGUCUUCUUGCUAACCCUCCAAACCUGAACCUAACUGGAAGGAUCAUGUAGUCUGUCUGUGCCAAUGAAUAAAAAGUACAAAUGGA